UCUACAAUCACCAACCUCAUCAUUCACUUGGUUUGUUCAAGGAGCACUUGCACUAUGACCUCUUGAAAUGUCAUAGUUCCUAGUCUGUUUGAAUCACUUCGCUAAAGGAUGGACGACUACAAGCAACUCUUAGAUACGGCUCGUAAUGCGUGGAACAGCCGUAAGACACGCCCCAUAGCCUGGCGUAAACACCAGCUUGAACAGUUCCUCAAACUCCUCGAUGAGAAUGAGGAAAUCCUGGUGCAGGCGCUCUUUCAAGACUUGCACAAGCCCAAGCAAGAGGCCAUCACUUUCGAGGUCGAAUUCACCCGUAACGUCAUCAGGGGAUGCUUGGCACAAGUGGACCAGUGGCCUCAAGAUGAGCACGUGGCCAAGAAUCUACUCACCAUCAUGGACACGACCUUCAUCCGACGUGAUCCCUAUGGCGUGGUCCUGAUCAUGGGAGCCUGGAACUACCCCAUCCAACUCAGUCUUGUGCCAGUGGCAGGGGCUUUGGUGGCAGGGAAUUGCAUCUUCGUCAAACCCUCAGAACUCGCCCCUCACUCUGCACAGGUCAUGACGGCCCUGUUCAAUCAAUACAUGGACCGGGAAUGCUGCCGUGCCAUCAUGGGCGGGAUUCCGGAAACCACUGAGCUUCUGAAGCACCGAUUUGACUACAUCUUCUUCACUGGGAGUUCAAGGGUCGGGAGGGUCGUGGGCGAGGCGGCCAACAAGUAUUUAACCCCUUGCACAAUGGAGUUGGGAGGCAAGUGUCCGGCUUGGAUUGACAAGGGUAUCAAUAUGGAUAUCGCUAUCAAGAGGAUUGUGUGGUCCAAAAUGGCUAAUAUGGGACAAACCUGUGUGGCGCCAGAUUAUCUCCUCUGUUCGGAAGAAGUUCGGGACCUGAUUUUGAGCAAGAUUCCGGUUUACUACAAACAAUUUUUCGGCAGCGAUGCCAAAGCCAGCCCCGAUUUGUGCCGCAUCAUUAACGACACUCAUGUUCAGAGGUUAAAGCGCCUUAAAGACAAAACCAAGGGCACAGUGGUUUUCGGUGGACACAUUGACGUGGAAGAGCGUUUCAUGGACUUGACCAUCAUCACCGAAAUCUCAAAAGACGACGCUGUCAUGGAAGAGGAGAUAUUUGGCCCUAUACUACCCAUUGUCACGGUCAACUCUGUUCAAGAGGCGGCCCAAUGGAUCAACGAGAAGCCCAAGCCCUUGUCUUUAUACAUUUUCUCUGACCACACCGAGAACCAGGACUACUUGAUUGACAACACCUCCAGCGGAUCCGUUUGCCUCAACGAUGCCAUUGUUCAACUCUCUGUGGAGACACUACCUUUUGGCGGGGUGGGCGAUAGUGGUUAUGGAAGCUAUCAUGGAAAGUAUACCUUUGAAACGUUCAGUCAUCGGAAAUCCGUCUUAAAGCGGGACAUGGGCAUCAUUGGCGAGACCUUGGGCGUUGCAAGAUAUCCGCCCUAUUCAGACAAGAAGAUCAAUACCCUUAAGAACUUGGUGAAGGCCCGGAAAUUUCCACACAUCCCGGGAUUCUCCUACAUGAUUUGCAUUGGUAUUGGGUUUGGUUUGGCUUGGAUUUGGCACCAUUUCAAGCCUGAUGCAGUUUAGCUACACAUGAACUUUCUUUGGCACCAAUCUUCAGCUUUACAUCAAGGCAUUCACUACGCAGCCAAAUAAUCCUAUUGGAAAAGCAUUGUCAAAUCUGCAUGUUUAAGCUAAUAAUUCGCAAACUUCACGUGUAUCCGUCAAAAAGAUAAGAGGGCCAAUUAAUCAUUUUGUAUCCUUGCGUAUCUGGUUAACUACGCAAGUAAAUCUGGAUCAUAUAAAAACUUGAUAAAACUGA